CCCUGCCUCUGCCCCAUUACUAUUUAUACGAUGCCGAUGCGCCGCUCCGGUGGCCUCGCCCUCACGCCGCCGUAGACCGCCAUUUUCCAACCACCGCGGGUGAGAUUGAAGCCGCCGCCGGCGGCGAGGGGGGGGGGGGGGAUGGCGUCGGAGCCGGUGGCGCGGGCGUUGGCGGAGGAGUUGGCGCGGUUGGGCGCCAUGCGGCAGACGGGGGUCAGCCUCCGGUACAUGAUGGAGUUCGGGGCGCGCCCCACGGAGCGGAACCUCCUGCUCGCCGCGCAGUUCCUGCACAAGGAGCUCCCCAUCCGCAUCGCGCGACGCGCGCUCGGCCUCGAGUCGCUCCCCUUCGGCCUCUCCAGCAAGCCCGCCAUCCUCAAGGUGAGAGAUUGGUAUGUGGACUCGUUCCGCGACAUCCGGUACUUCCGGGAGGUGACGAACCGGGAUGAUGAGCUCGCAUUCACUCAGAUGAUCAAGAUGAUCAGGGUGCGGCACACCCAUGUGGUGCCCACCAUUGCGUUGGGUGUGCAGCAGCUGAAAAAGGACCUGGGUGGCUCAAAGGCGUUUCCCCCUGGAAUCGAUGAGAUCCAUCAGUUCCUUGAUCGUUUCUACAUGUCAAGGAUUGGUAUCCGCAUGCUGAUAGGGCAGCAUGUCGCUUUGCACGAUCCUGAUCCAGAGCCUGGUGUGAUAGGACUUAUAAACACAAAACUAUCCCCCGUGAUGGUGGCUCGGAUUGCUAGUGAAGAUGCACGCGCUAUUUGCAUGCGAGAAUAUGGAUCAGCUCCCGAUGUCAACAUAUAUGGAGAUCCCGAUUUUACAGUUCCGUAUGUUACGCCACAUCUACAUCUCAUGAUGUUUGAAUUGGUGAAGAACUCCCUUCGUGCAGUACAAGAACGAUAUAUGAACUCUGAUAAGCACGCGCCUCCAGUUCGAAUCAUAGUUGCUGAUGGAGCAGAGGAUGUAACUAUUAAGAUUAGUGAUGAAGGUGGUGGAAUACCAAGGAGUGGCCUCUCAAGAAUUUUUACAUAUCUCUACAGUACAGCAGAAAACCCUCCUGAUCUAGAUGGCCAUAGUGAAGGAGUAACUAUGGCUGGAUAUGGUUAUGGGAUCCCGAUUAGUCGUCUUUAUGCUCGAUAUUUUGGUGGGGACUUGCAAAUCAUCUCUAUGGAAGGAUACGGGACUGAUGCCUACCUUCACCUAUCACGGCUGGGAGAUUCAGAGGAACCAUUGCCUUAAGUGAUUCGGAAGAAGCCCUUGCCUUGGCGAUCGUAUGUUCUGGUCAUUACUGCAAUUAGGAUUCUAUUGCUUUCGCAAUUACUGUGCUGGUAUGCAAAUAUAGUUACGAAGGCCAGCCACCUAUAUAGUUCAGCUGUUCACGUUCUAGUUACUAUGUCUCGAUGGAAUGCAAUCAUAACUCAGAAGCUUCUUGCA